AUUAAGAACCCUGAAUGCUCUUUAAAUACGCCUCUCAUUUCAUUCUAUUUAUACGAGCAAACUACGCAGUGUCUUCAACAGUUCAACCUAAGCACUGUUUCUUUGUUUUCCCCCUCAGACAAAUACACACUCGUCUUUUAGGCUUUGAAGAACGCUAGCCUAACCAUCUUUGAAACUAUGCUCUGUCCAAUAUGAAUAUGGAGAAACAAUAUUUGGAUUGGAUACUAGUCCCGAUGGGGAUUCUUUUAAUGGUGUCCUACCAUCUAUGGCUUCUUUAUCGAAUCUUAAAACAUCCCACCAAGACUGUCAUCGGCGUCAACGCCAUCAACCGCCGUUUUUGGGUUCAAGCUAUGAUGGAGGACGGGUCAAAAGGAGUAUUGGCAGUGCAGUCGCUGCGAAACAAUAUAAUGGCGUCGACCUUAUUAGCAUCGACGGCUAUCAUGUUGAGUUCCCUCAUCGCCAUCUUGAUGACGAGUGGGAGCAGCGAUAGAUCGUCCUGGUUCUUAUUCGGAGAUAGAAGCGAGUUUGCAUUUUCGAUCAAGUUCUUUGCCAUAUUGGUUUGUUUCAUGGUGGCCUUUUUACUCAACUUGCAGUCCAUUAGGUAUUACAGCCAUGCAAGCAUCCUCAUCAACGUGCCCUUGAAGAAGAUGGCCCACCGCCACCAACAUCUCACAGCUGAAUAUGUAGCUAACACAGUGAAUAGAGGCAGCUACUUUUGGUCCCUAGGACUCCGUGCCUUUUACUUCUCUUUCCCCCUCUUCUUGUGGAUCUUUGGACCCCUUCCUAUGUUCUUUUCUUGCAUUGCCCUUGUUUUCUUGCUGUAUUUCCUUGACAUCACUUUUAAAUUCGGGUGGGCGGUUGGGGCUGUGGAUGACAAUGGCCACAACGGCCACAGCGGCGAUGAAGAAUUAGGAGUUUCAAGUACUCGAUCCUGAUCCCGUUAAAUAAUUCGUGCAAUCAAAGUUGAAUCGAAUUGCCUUUUUUACUCCUCGGGUAAAUAAGGGUACUGUUUCUUUUAGGUUUCUACGUUAAUUAUCAUCUGUAUGGAGCUGGUUUGCUAAUUCGAAAAGGGUUUUUAGCCUUUUCAUAUAUGAAAAUGCAAUGAAGGAGAAUUGUUCCAUAAAGAGGAAAUGAAAAAUGAAAGCUUGCUUUUUCUUAGAUAAA